AGCAGAAGCCCGCAGAGCAGGUGCCAUGAGGGCUGAGUCUGGACCAGAGGAUCCACACGCAGGCAGCCUUUGAUUUCUUUCCAGGGACUCUCCCUAAACCUACUCUCUGGGCAGAGCCAGGCUCUGUGAUCCCCUUGGGGAGUCCUGUGACCCUCUGGUGUCGGGGGGCCCUGGAAGCCCUGGAGUUUCGUCUCUUUAGACAACAACGUGAGCAAAGAAAGACACCGAUGAAAUGGAAGCACGGGGACAAGGCCCAGGUCUCCAUCACACACAUGACAGAGCACGAUGCAGGGAGAUACUCCUGUUACUAUGUCACCUUCACUGGCCGGUCACAGUUCAGUAACAUCCUGGAGCUGGUGCUGACAGGAUCCUACAGCAAACCCAGCCUCUCAGCCCUGCCCAGCCCUGUCGUGACCUCAGGAGGGAGAGUGAUUCUCCAGUGUGGCUCAUGGCUGGGAUUUGACAGGUAUAUUCUGACUAAGGAAGGAGAACACAGGCUCUCCUGGACCCUGGACUCACAACCACACACCAGAGGACAGUCCCAGGCCCUGUUCCCUGUGGGCCCCGUGACCCCCAGCCACAGGUGGACGUUCAGAUGCUAUGGCUGUUACAGGAACAGCCCCCAGGUGUGUUCACAGCCCAGUGACCCCCUGGAGCUCCUGGUCUCAGGUGUGUCUGGGAAGCCCUUCCUCCUGGCCCAGCAGGGCCUCAUUGUGGCCUCUGGACAGAGCCUGACCCUUCAGUGUGGCUCUGAUGUUGGCUAUGACAGAUUUGCUCUGUCCAAGGAGGGGGGACAGGACAUCCCCCAGAGCCUCGUCCUGCAGCCCCAGGUUGGGCUCUCUCAAGUCAAGUUCCACCUGGACACUGUGCACAGCUACCAUGGAGGCCGGUACAGAUGCUACGGUGGACAUAACUUGUCCUCUGAGUGGUCGGCCCCCAGUGACCACCUGGACAUCCUGGUGGCAGGAUGGUUCUCUGACAGACCCUCCCUCUCGGUGCAGCCGGGCACCACGGUGACCUCAGGAGAGAAUGUGACCCUGCUGUGUCAGUCACAGAAUUUGACGGACACUUUCCUUCUGUCCAAGGAUGGGGCUGUCUAUCCCCCCCUGUGUCUUCCAUCAAAGCACCGAGUUCAGCAGUACCAGGCAGAGUUCUCCAUGAGUCCUGUGACCUCCGCCCACGGGGGCACCUACAGGUGCUACAGCUCACUCAGCACCGCCCCCUACCUGCUGUCACAGCCCAGUGAGCCCCUGGAGCUACGGGUCUCAGGUGAGGGGCCCCUGGCCCUGUCUUUCUGUGCUGUCGGCUCAGGGUUCUGUGCCCUGAAUUAGUUAUGAAAGGAGGUGAUGGGCUCUAGGGAUGGUCACCCAGAGGAUCUCCCAACCCUGUCAACACAGCCUUGUACCUGUGUCCUGAAGCUGCCUGGUGGGCAGCAGGAGAAACUUGAGGGGCCAGCGGAGAUGUAGAGAAGAGUCUGAGUAGGAUGGGGACUCCAAGGUCACCCCAGGGAACUCACCCUCUUUCUGUUUUUGUUUUUAUGACUCUCAUGCACCCCCCAUCCCAAUCUCUACCAUUGAUGAGUCAUGGAGAACUCUGCUCAGAGGGAGCAUGGACUACCCAGGAAUUUCUGAGAGUCUAUCAGGGAACCUAAUUAUCCCAGAAACACAAGAAUGGGUUGUGUGUCAGGGGGGCUGGGAGUCAGGCUGAAAUGCCAGUCACCACGGGGCUUACAGGGCCCAGAGUCGAGAAGAUGACAGGAGGCUCUGAGGAUCGGUCCCUACACCCCAUGGAGUCAGGCAAACAGAGGGGUCUCCCUUGGUACCAGUAUGUUCCAAUAGGGAUCUCUGUGGCCCUCAUUUUG